CUACUGUGCCGACAUGUCAUUUUCGGUUGUCGUGUCCCGUCCGUUGAAAACGAUAAAACGUUACACAUAAUAUUACUUUAAACAAUAUCGGCGGCGUUGUCGUCAUCUUCGUCUUCGUCUUAGGUACCACAGCGGUGCUCACUAGCCUAAAAGCGUCUUCCGGGUCUGUCGAAGUACCCGGCACCCUGUGGCAGACGAACCAUGGAUAAACGGGCCAAGUUCACCGUCUGCGCCGCUGGCAUAUUCGUGUGCUAUUUCUUCUACGGGAUACUCCAGGAGAAGAUCACAAGAGGCACGUACGGCACGCAGGGCGAAAAGUUCACCCACUCGCUGUCGCUGGUGUUCGUGCAGUGCGUAGUCAACUAUGCGUUCGCGAGGCUCGUGCUCAAAGCGUUCCCCGAAGAGAGCCCCGACUCGACGAAAUCGGCGUACUAUGCCGUCAGCGCAGUCACGUACUUGUUGGCCAUGAUCUUCAGCAACAUGGCGCUGCAAUGGGUCAACUAUCCCACUCAGGUGGUGGCCAAGUCUGGAAAGCCCAUACCAGUCAUGAUUCUGGGUGUGCUGUUGGGACGCAAGUCUUAUCCGUUGAAAAAGUAUCUGUUUGUACUGCUUGUCGUCAUUGGAGUAGCUUUGUUUAUGUUCAAAGAUGGCAAGUCUAAUUCAUCGCAGGCAGAUUCUUCUCUGUUGGGACUCGGGGAAAUACUGUUAAUAUUGUCAUUGACAAUGGAUGGUGUAACCGGAGCUGUCCAAGAGCGAAUGCGAAGUGAAUCAAAGACAAAAUCUGGGCAUAUGAUGGUCAACAUGAACUUGUGGUCAAUGAUGUUUUUGAGUGUUGCACUUAUUGGCACUGGUCAAAUAUUUGACUUUAUAAGCUUUGUACAACGUUACCCACAAAUAGUACUACAACUACUGUUAUUCUCAGCAUUUAGUGCACUUGGACAAUUCUUUAUAUUUUGGACUGUAAGUGAUUUUGGACCUUUACCAUGCUCAAUUGUAACAACAACGAGAAAAUUCUUUACUGUACUUGCAUCAGUUAUAUUUUUUGGAAAUCCAAUGUUAACUAGACAAUGGAUUGCUACUAUUAUAGUAUUUGUUGGAUUAUUCUUGGAUAGUUUCUAUGGUAAGCAACCUGCCAAAAGUAAAUGAUUUAAUUAUUCAUUUAUAAUUGAAAGAAUUGCUUAUAAUAUUUUAUGUGUGAUUGCUUUUGAUAAAAGUAUGUGAAUAUGUAUUAAUUACAGUAACUUUGUAUAUUACAUUAAUUUUAAUAAAAACAACUCUUAUUUUUUGAACUAAGAAUUGAGAAAUAGUUCUGUGAUAUUAUGACAUUAAAUCCAAAAAAAAAUAUUUUUUGAGAAAUUACUUUCCACUGUCUUAUAUUAAUUAACUAGGAAAUUCACCAAAAUAUUAUUGUUAUUUUUACCCUCUUCCAAAUCAAGGUUAAGAGUUAAUCUGAAUUAUUUGUUUGAAACAUUCAAUAUAAAUCCUAUUUUAUUUUUGUUUUAUUUAUUAUUAUAUUAUAUUGUUAAAAUUGUACAUUUUAAAAUAUACAUACUUCAAUUACAGACAUUUAUGUGUUUAUCAUAGUAUAAUAAGUCCUGUUUAAAAUGAAAUAGGUUAAUUUCUCAUUCUAGACCCAUAUUUUUUUUUAAUAAUUAAAAUUAUUUUGACAGUCUGAUUGUAUUAUAAUAUUUCCAUAUUGUAUACUUUACUCAAGUAAUAUUCUAUAUUAAUUUUAUUUAUUAUUAUACAUUAUAAUAUAAUAUAUUCAUAUUAUAAUUAAUAUAUAUAAGUAUAUGUAACAGUGUAUAAAUAUAUAGAAAUUGAUUAUAAAUACUAAUAGUAAUAGUAUUUAUAAACAAUGAUAUAGAGUAAAUAACUUUCUAGACUUGAACAUUCCUUUAAAAUAAUGAACAACUAUAAUAUUUUCAUUGUGUGUAAACACAAAGAAGUAAAAUUAUAAUUAAAGUCAAAUUUAAUAGUUAUUACUCAUUAAUAAAUCUGAUAAUAAACUUCAUAAAUGUAAAUAAUAACUUAUUAUUUUAUUUUUUUAUUUUAUCUUACUAUAUUGUUAUAAUAAAAUACUUUUAAAUAAAAAAAAAUUGUAUUUUAA